AUGGAGUACUAUUCGUCCUUGGACGCAUCGCAGUUAGAUGCAGAAACACCCACGUUAUUCGAGCUUAUCUCGUCCAAUCAGUUGGAAGCGUUACUCUCUCCGUCCCUUAGAUUUGUUCUAGUGCAUUAUACCGCCAAGUACCCCAAGUACCUCUUGAGAAUCGCCAACAGAUUUGAUGAAUUGAAUCUCUCGUUGAGGGUGUUGGUAGAGUGGUACUUCUUGAAGUACUGGCUGGGCCUGUUUACUGAGAACUUCUACGGAUUGAAAAGAGUGAGCCAGACCAGGCUCUCUAACAGUGGCGGGAGGUAUCAGGACGCCAAGUUGACCCAGUUGACCCCGGCAAAGGUGGAAGAAAGGAGAAAAUUGACCAACUUCCAAAUAGCUGUAAGCAUAUUUGAAAUCUGUGGUACCAGUUAUAUACUGGAAAAGCUUAACUAUUGCUAUGAAGUGUGGUACCCCAAGUACUUGACCAAGCAGUUGAAACCAAACGACCCAAAUUCCAAAUAUGACCAGUUUACCACUGAGUUCAAGAAGAAGUUUGUGGAAAUAUAUCCCUACGUACAAAGUUUGGUAAGAAGCGGUAACUUCGCUGCUAUAUUAAUGUACUUAAGUGGAGCCACCAAGUCUCCGUCGCUCUUGACAUACUUAUUUAAGAUUAACUACUCUAGGCUCAACCUGUAUGACUACGACAAGAAUGACCCGGAAGCAAUCAAGGAGAAGUUAAACCAGAGUAAAAUAAACCUGUUUAGAGUUAACCCGCCUACAAAUUUGGAAACCAUUCUAAGAGUGCUUUCGAAUAAUAUCACUAAACCAUCUUGGAAGGUUAUACGAUUCAUUUUGGGAACAUUCUUUCCAAUUGCCAUUUUCUCAUUGAAGUUUUUGGAAUGGUGGAACAACAGUGAUUUCACUCUGAAAAUCGCCAAAUCACUGGGUAAUAUCUUGGAUGUGAUGUUACCAUCACCAGCCAUUCUCUCAAAGUAUAGGGCUUCACUUGAAAAGGAAAAGAAGGAACUACCAAAGAAAGUAUACCAUUCUAGCAAGCUCUGUCCAAUUUGCAAAGAGGAAAUCACCAACCCAGCAAUAAUCGAGACCGGUUAUGUCUUCUGCUAUUCGUGUAUCUAUAACUACCUUUCUCAGAGUCAUAGGAUAAGCCCCAAGGAACAGGAGCUUGCAGAGCUGGACGAGGAAGACUUCGAUGGAGGUGUGGAGGGAGAGGUAGAAGAUAAGAGUGCUGAAAGAGAUGCUGAAAGAGAUGCUGAUGCAGAUGCUGAUGCAGAUGCCGUGAAAAUUGACAUAUUUAGGGGAGGUCGUUGUCCAGUCACAGGAAAGAAAUUGUUAGGGUGUAAAUGGAAUGAAUUGAAGCAAGAAUGGGAUAUCGAAGGGAUCAGGAGAUUGAUAUUCUAG